UGUCCCAGCCUUGGAUUGGGCAGACAGUUUGAUGCGUCGGACUGGGAGUCCCUCAUAUGUGGAGGCGGUCAGACCCCUGCUGAGCUGAGCAGCACCCUCUGAGACAGAGCAGCAGCACCCUCUGAGACAGAGCAGGCACAGGGCAGACCACCGGAGGACUCUGCAUGCAGAUAAUGAUGAAGUCUUUCCUCUGGAGCCUCUUGUUCUGCGCUUCGCUGAUGCUGUCUGAUGUUCUGGCCACAUACCAGCUCAGUGCGGGGGAUCCUCAGCUGAUCGCCGCACAAAGCUACGCACAAACCAGAAAUAAUGGCCGACCACCGUUCAGGACCCUGGAUCCCUCAAAGACAGAUUCUCAGUGUAGGAGCCGUCCCCUGGACCUGGUCUUUAUCAUUGACAGUUCUCGCAGCGUGCGUCCUGGUGAGUUUGAGAAGGUGAAGAUAUUCCUGGCGGACAUGGUCGACACGUUGGACGUUGGCUCGGAUGCCACCAGAGUGGCUGUGGUCAACUACGCCAGCACGGUCAAGAUCGAGUUCCUCCUCAAAAGCCAUUUCAACAAACCCGACAUGAAGAAAGCCAUCUCCCGCAUCGAGCCCUUGGCGGCCGGCACCAUGACGGGCCUCGCCAUCAAGACCGCAGUGAAUGAAGCCUUCACCGAGGAGUCUGGAGCCCGGCCUCGCUCCAGGAAAAUCACCAAAGUGGCCAUCAUUGUGACAGACGGGAGACCCCAGGACCAGGUGGAGGAGGUGUCUGCUGCAGCUCGGGCUUCAGGCAUCGAGAUCUACGCUGUAGGGGUGGACCGAGCUGACAUGCGCUCCCUGCAGCUGAUGGCCAGCAUCCCUCUGGAGGACCACGUCUUCUAUGUGGAGACCUACGGCGUUAUCGAGAAGCUCACCUCAAAGUUCAGGGAGACACUGUGCGGUCUGGACCCCUGUGCCAUGGGACAUGACUGCGAACACAUAUGUGUCAACAGCAAUGCCUCUUAUUACUGCAAGUGCCGGAAUGAUUAUAUCUUGAAUGCGGACAAGAAAACAUGUUCCCUGAAACAGAUGAAGGCGGUGGUGGUGGAGGAUCCCUGUAAAUGUGAAGCCAGACUGGCUUUCCAGAAGCAGACACAGGCUGCCAUCCAGCAGCUCACAGCCAAGCUAGUCGAUGUGUCUGGGAGAAUCGAGCGUCUGGAGAACAUGGUGGGCCGUGCUUAAAGCUGGACACAGUGAGACCGUUUGCUGGUUUACUUCCUGGACAUGGACGUGUGCUUCCUGUCAUCCACCGUCCCACAACUACUGUAUGGACUUCAACCACAGAAGGAGUGAAGCUGUGAUUCAUAAACCAAUAUCCCUCAAGUUACUGACUGUAGUGGACUGUUGAGUAACAAUAUCUGCAGUUGAAUGUGUGCUUUUCGUUAAUGCAAUAUUUUUCAAACUGCAGCUACCUACACUAUUUUCUCCAAACACCUAUGAUUAUAGUAUAACGUAUGUUAAACAAGUGUUAUUUCUAGUGUUUCUCCUGUACUGUAUUGUUUUUCUGUGUCCUGUUUGUACAA